CAGUGCGCAACGCGCACGAAGCUCACAGCGCAACUUCGAUUGGUGGAUUGUACUGUUUUUCGUACUGCUUUGCGUUCGCAGCAGCAGGAGCGGCGUAUCACUGGGCGCGCACCUCGUGUGCGCACGCGUCGCCGGCCUCACCGACAAGCAGCGCAACAUGUGCCGCGCCACGCCCGCUGCCAUUGCUGCCGUUGGGGACGGCCUCAGGAUGGCAUAUGCAGAGUGCCGGCAGCAGCUCUCGGGCCACAGGUGGAACUGCUCGGGAGUGGGCGACGGCAACGAUUUCGGACACGUCAUGCCUUUAGCUACUAAGGAGGCCGCCUUCACGUACGCCAUAACAUCGGCUGGCGUCACGCAUGCGCUUAGCGCGGCGUGCGCGCGCGGCGACCUGCCUGCAUGCGGCUGCGCAGCUAACAGUAGGAGGCGACCAUCGACAGAGCAGUUCCAAUGGGGUGGCUGCGGAGAAGCCGCGUACGGGGCGAGAUUUGCGCGUAGAUUUCUCGACGCAAGAGAGUUGGACGCAGAUGCGCGCGGACGCAUGAACCUGCACAACAACCGCGUCGGCAGGAAGAUGGUGAAAGACCUGGUCCGCCGCGAGUGCAAGUGUCACGGCGUUUCUGGAUCCUGCGCCAUGCGGACCUGCUGGAGAGCCCUACCCCAGUACAAGGCCGUGGCCACCGCUCUUCGAGAAAAGUACAGAAAGGCCAAGCUGGUCGCACCUCAGCCACCGCAGUCUCAUCUGGUCAUACGCAGAUCAAAGCAAACGAUGGCGGUGGGCCGGCAGCCACGGAAGUCAGAGCUGGUGUACCUGGAGCCAUCUCCGUCGUACUGCGAACCUGACGCAGUCUCGGGGUCCCUUGGCACACACGGAAGAGUAUGCAACAGAACCUCUAGAGGUGAAGACGGCUGUGAGACCCUCUGCUGCGGCCGGGGCUACAACACCGUACGGGCGGUGAAGGCGACCCAGUGCCGCUGUCGCUUCCACUGGUGCUGUCGCGUCAGCUGCGAGACUUGCGUCGUGCGUACUGAGACGCAUGUGUGUAAAUAACCAGUGAACCGUCCAAUCAACUGAGAUGACUAGCAACCGUACUGCCGUUGAAUCCAUUGCUGUUCUCGUGUGUAGCCAACUACGGCGUCCGCGCUAUUGGCUCCUCUACACGAAGGGCCAACGCCGACCACUCGAAGGGACGCAGCCAUGCGGUAGAAUGAGAUAGCAAUAUCACUUGCUCCCUCUAACGCGUAAAUGCGUCCCUUGGAGAGGCCGGCGUUAGCCCAUCGUGUAGAGAAGCCAUAUGACGCAUGUAAAUAAUCCGUGCUGACCCCGUAAACAACAUGCCAAUUGCUAACGCUCCGUAGCGAACGAAACGCAACUGUCACUGUCACACUAAUAUGGAAGAAUGAUAAAGAGCCACAAAUCGAUUCGAAGGCGAAGCGAUAGCGAUUGUCACCUUGGCUAGGUCGCUUGAACCGUCAAAACUUGGACUGAGACUUCAAGCAUCCGUUCUGUCUUCGAUUCCAUUUCUGCUUUUUGACUGUCUGGGUUUUGAAAUAAAAUACUUAUAACAGAAAUUAAAGUGACUGCUGUAUGUUUAUGUUUAUGUAGGUAUCGCACUAAAUUAUCUCAUUGUACAAUAUCUGAAUGUGUUUUAAUGUUUUAUAUGUAUAUCUAAUCAAUCAGCUAAUUCCGGCCACCUGGUUUUAAAGCGAUUGUUUACAUUUCAAAUGCAACGUCAGUUCUCUGACGACAGAGCCUUUUGUCCACUAUUUUCUGUCAUGUUUUCAUCUACAGUAUCAUUACUUGUCUGUGCUUACUACUGCCAUAUUCUGUAAUUCGCCCCACCGAUGAUCAAACAAAAUUUUACUAAAAACCUCGAAAACAAGCGCUUUAGCUAUGGUGUUGAAUAAACAUUUGUACAUACCUAUAUUAAUGUAAUGUCUACAUUAUUAUACUUAAUUGAAUAUUCUUAAUAAUGUUCUGUAUUAAUGCCUCCUAUUCAUAACGAAGGCAUCGUCUUAUUUUGAACGCACUCCUAAUUCUUGCAAGUAUUGAAGCUUAUGAAACUGUGCAAGAGUAUUUUCACCUCAGCAGCUCGAACAAGGGUACUUUGCUUCUUCAAAACAGUGACCAAAAUGCGAUUUUGCUCACUGAGUCAUUUUGUCUCACUCAGUGAGCAAAAUCGCAUUGCUCACUGGGUGAGACAAAAUGACUCAGUGAGCAAAAUCGCAUUUUGCUCACUGAGUGAAACAAAAUGUCAUUCAAGUGACCUUUAUAAUCAAAUGUCAUUUCAUCAUGCGGGGUCUAAUACAAGUUCGAUAUACUUGGGUUCUAUUAUCUCUGUCCCUCUAGGUAUGUUCUCAUUGCUUAGGGUGAAAAAUUUUGUGUACUACACGAGAUCAAAGUUAUUUACAUCUCGUGCGCUUUUGAAUCCCUUACUACGCUCAAGAUUAUAUUAUAUUAUAGAAUCUUUCGCUUGCACGGGACUCAAAAUAAGCACUCGAAGAAAUAUCAAACUUUGAUCUCUUGUUGUACAAAUAACUAUUUCGUACAACCGUCCAAAUCCACUUACGGUAAUCUACUUUAUAGUACAGUCAGCAACAGGAGUAACUGAGCGGGCUGAGUGACCAAAAAUUACUCAUUAUAACUUUGUUGCUAAUUAAGAGAGUACAAUGUGAACUUUUUAGCUUGGGCUGGUGGAGAAAGAAAUGUUCACUUGAUAUAGCUUAAUUAAAGGUGCAUCCACACCACCAGUUCGCUUUUGUGAAGCAACGAAGCAACACUCUGCAUCAGGGCUAUAAUCGCGAAAAUCGAAGUUCGCAAAUUGCGGGCAUUUUUCUCUGUCGCUCUAAUUACGUCUUCAUUGGAGUAAAAAAGAAAGAUCCCCGCAAUUUGCGAAUUUCGGUUUUGGCGGUAGCCCCUCAGUACCGAAAUAUGUAACAAGUUACCUACCUAAUGUUACCGUGUUACACAGUUGCUCCACAAAAGUUAAAUGCGGUGUUGAUGCACCUCUCUAAUGAACGCGAGUGUAAAUCGUUUAGAGUACAUCGCCCAUCUAUAUAUAGAUGGUCAAGCAAAUCUUGUCAGUAGAAAAAGGCGCGAAAUUCAAAUUUUGUAUGAGACGAUAUCCCUUCGCGCCUACAUUUUUCAAAUUUGCCGCCUUUUUCUACUGACAAGAUCUGCUUGACCAAGUAUAGCAACUUCUGAUGCUGGCUGUAAUAAUAUUUAAAAUAAACUGCACAUGUACCUACCAACACCUUUUCAUCCUUACAACUAUUUUUCAUGCAUUUAAAGUAAGACUCAACGGCUUUAAAAUAGUAUUUUUAAGUGUUUCUUAAAUUAAAUAAACAGGUACUUAACUGGUCUUAAACAUUCCACGUAGAUUAAGCUAACUUAUUCACUUAACAUUGCAAUUUUUUUGAAUAAAAGUUUGACACAUUUGAAA